CUGUUCCAGGCGUCUAUGGACCUGCCUCCAGACAAGGCUAAGCUGCUGCGGAACUAUGACUUGGAAAAGAAAUGGGAGAUUAUAUGCGACCAGGACAUGGUGCAAGCCAAGGACUCGCCCGCCCACUAUCUGAACAAACUGAGGACCUACCUCGACCCUAAGGCCUCCAGGAGUCACAGGAAGAGAAAGAUGGUCGGUGACUCCACGUCGACGCAGGUCCUAAGGGACUUGGAAAUAUCACUGCGAACUAAUCAUAUCGAAUGGGUCCGUGAGUUCUUGAACGAUCAGAACCAAGGUCUGGACGUGUUGAUCGACUACCUCAGCUUCAGACUGAGCAUGAUGAGGCACGAACAGAGGAUAGCACUCGCGAGGAGCCACUCCACGGACGCCAUCAACCAAGCGAAUACGACGACAUCAGAGUGCAGUGGUCCGGAGCUGGGUGCGGGAUCCACAUGGCGAAGGAGAGCGAGGUCCGCGGACUCGGAGGGCGAAGGCCCGGGGGCGGGGUCCCCGGCCGCGGCCAGGCGGAGGACCAGACACGCCGCGAGACUCAAUAUGGGCGCCUCUACUGACGAUAUACAUGUGUGCAUCAUGUGUAUGAGGGCCAUUAUGAAUAAUAAGUAUGGCUUCAACAUGGUGAUACAACAUCGCGAAGCUAUCAACAGCAUAGCCCUAUCCCUAGUACAUCAUUCGCUGAGAACGAAGGCGCUAGUAUUGGAACUGUUAGCGGCUAUCUGCCUGGUGAAGGGCGGUCAUCAGAUCAUCCUCUCUGCCUUCGAUAACUUCAAGGAGGUAGUCGGAGAACCGCGAAGGUUCCACACACUCAUGGAGUACUUCAUGAACUAUGACAGCUUCCAUAUUGAAUUCAUGGUGGCGUGUAUGCAGUUCGUCAAUAUAAUAGUUCAUUCCGUAGAAGACAUGAACUUCCGCGUGCAUCUCCAGUACGAGUUCACGGCGCUCAAACUAGACGACUACUUGGAGAGGCUGAGGCUGUGUGAGAGCGAGGACUUACAGGUUCAAAUAUCAGCGUACCUCGACAACGUGUUCGACGUGGCGGCUCUCAUGGAAGACAGUGAGACGAAGACGGCGGCCUUGGAGAAGGUCAAUGAACUGGAGGAUGAAUUGGGACAUGCUCACGAGCGGCUGGCGUCCUUGGAGAGGGAAGCCAUCGCUAAACAAGCGACGUUAGAAGCUGAACUGGCACAAGUUAGACACGAGAGAGAUCAACUGGCUGAGGCGCGGAGACAGGUUGUGGAGGAGGUGUCGACUCUAAGGAGAGCCCAGCAAGACUCAAGGAACAGACAGUCGAUGUUAGAGUCCAAGGUACAAGAACUGGAGUCACUGACCAAGUCAUUACCACGAGGAGCAUCCAUGGGUGCUAUAUCAUCACACGCGUUAUGUAACGGCACGUCUACAGUCAACGGCCACAUAUCUCCGCCCGCGCCUCUAACCAACGGUGACGUCAUCCCCCACUCGACCCCUCCGUCCCCUCCCGCCGAGGCGCCGCUCCCUCCUCCUCCCGCCGCCCCGCUGCCCCCUCCUCCUCCUCCCCCGCCGCUGGUGGCGCCCCCUCCCCCCGCGCCGCCCGCGCCCCCUGCGCCCGGCCUCAUGGCGCCCCCCGUACACACGGACGCGAUGACCAUCAAGAGGAAGGUCGACACGAAGUACAAGCUGCCGACACUCAACUGGAUCGCGCUGAAACCGAAUCAGGUGCGCGGUACGAUCUUCAACGAGCUGGACGAGGAGCGUCCUCGGCGGAGGAUCAACUUCGCGGAGUUCGAGGAGAGGUUCCGUAUAGGGGGCUGCGGGCCCGCGCGGGAGCCCGACGACCUCGCCUCCUUCCCUAGCAAGAGGUUCAGGAGGCCCGACACUGUGUCGCUGUUGGAACACGCGCGGCUCAGGAACAUUGCGAUAUCAAGACGAAAACUUGACACGCCAGUAGAGAAAGUGAUCGCGGCGAUACACAACCUGGACUUGAAGCAGCUACCUCUGGAGAGUGUGGAGAUACUACAACGGAUGGUGCCUACUGAGGCUGAGCAGAAGGCUUACAAGGAGUACGUGGCGGAGAAGAAGAACGUCAACCAGCUCACCGAGGAGGACAAGUUCCUGAUGCAGUUAGCCCGCGUCGAGCGCAUCUCCGCCAAGCUAGCCAUCAUGAGCUACAUGGGCAACUUCUUCGACAACAUACACCUCAUCACGCCGCAGAUACACGCGAUCAUCUCCGGUUCCUCCUCAGUCAAAUCCUCGCAGAAGCUGAGGAAUGUUCUAGAAAUAAUUCUGGCGUUCGGGAAUUAUUUGAACAGUAGUAAGCGCGGCCCGGCCUACGGUUUCAAGCUGCAGUCUCUCGACACGCUAAUGGAUACCAAGUCGACGGAUAAGCGGGUGUCUCUGCUGCACUACAUCGUGGCUACAAUCAGACAGAACUUCCCUGAGCUGCUGAGCUUCGACGCCGAGCUGCUGUACAUCGACAAGGCAGCGCAAGUGUCGUUGGAGAACGUGGUGUCAGACGUGUGUGAACUAGAACGCGGUAUGGAGGCGGCGCGGAGAGAGAGUGAGGCGCGCGGAGCUCAUGUGUUGAGGGACUUCGUUAACAACGCCGCGGACAAGCUGAGGAGACUACGGGCAGAGACCAAACACGCACAGGACUCGUUCGCCGCGUGUGUGGAGUACUUCGGCGAGGCGCCCCGGAGCUGCGACGCGAACGCUUUCUUCUCGCUUCUCGUUAGAUUUACGAGAGCCUUUAAGCAAGCUGAUGCCGAGAACGAGCAGAGGAGGAGGCUAGAGGCCGCGCACUCAGACGUGGAUCCCGCGAGGGCAAAGGUCGCGCACAAGAAACAACAGGAGGCGGUAAUAAACGAACUGAAAACGAAAUCACAGGCCGUGGAGAAGAAACUUCUCCAUCAGGACGAAGUAUACAACGGUGCCUUAGAGGACAUCCUGCACGGCCUACGGUCGGAGCCCUACAGGCGGGCGGACGCCGUCCGACGCUCACACCGACGCCGGAUCAACUCACACCGUCUCUCCAAGGGCCUGGAAGAACUGGACGUAUGA